AUGCGGCAGCCUGGCCUGCCGAUUGCACAACCCCUCGAGCACGGCCGCGGGAACGUGCUCAGGGCUGCGCCGGGGCUCUGCACCUCGCUGCGGCACCGGCCGCCCCGGCGUGGCGUGCCGCUGCCGGGCUUCGCAGGCCACGACAUUAAUGGAGCUCUGGAACCAUCUAACAUCGACACUAGCAUCCUGGAAGAGUACAUCAGCAAGGAGGACUCACCAGAUAUCUGUUUCCCUGACAUCCCUGCUUCCGCCAGCUAUGCACACCCCCAGCCCUCCAGCUCAACCACCAUCAACGCGCCUCUUGCCAGCUCCAUCGCCAAUGUGACCAACCCCACUUCCAGCGGUUCCCUCCACCUUCCUCCCCCCGGCAGCCAGAUCCCAAUCCGACAUGGUCCUCUUCUGGCCAACCCCUGUGGACCCGGCUACGGUGCUCACCUCAACUGCAAUAACAACAAUGGCAUGGUGGUGCCCAAGGGCUACCUUGGUGGCCACUGCCUAAACAACGUGGUCCCUCCAAUCAAAUCAGAGCCCAAGGCCUCCUACGCACCUGGCACUUUACCUGACUCACCCCCGGACUCUGGAUCAGAAGCCUACUCCCCUCAGCAGGUGAAUGAUCCUCACCUCCUCCGGACCAUGACCCCCGAAAACAUGUGCCACAUACCUCCCCCUUCUCGCCUGGAGCACCCUCCGCCGCCGCCUCCGCCUCCACCACCCCACCUUCAGGGCCCCCCGCCGCCGCCCCCUCACCCGCACCAGCAGCAGCACAACCCUCACUACGCCAGCCUGCAGCGAGACAUGUACAUGAAGGCUGAGCCCCUGAUGCCGCCGUACGGCAUCGGGCAGGGCAUGGCGCCUGCCGACCUCCACCAUGCCCAGCAGUCGCAGAUGCUGCACCAGCUACUCCAGCAACAUGGAGCAGACCUCCCGGUGCACCCCGCCAAGAAGCGGAAACACUCCGAGUCGCCCCCCAACACCCUCAAUGCACAGAUGCUCAACGGGCUGAUAAAGCAGGAGCCAGGUAUGGGGUCCGUGCCACUCAACCCUGACAGAGUCCAAACGCCUCCCUGGCACCAGCCGGGAGCGCUCUCACCAGGCCUGAUUCAAGACAACGACAGCUUGAAUGGCUCCUACCUGGAUCCCAACUACCAGUCCAUAAAGUGGCAGCCCCAUCAACAGAACAAGUGGGCGACUCUGUAUGAUGCCAACUACAAAGAACUCCCGAUGCUCACGUACCGCGUAGAUGCUGACAAGGGGUUCAACUUCUCAGUGGGUGACGACGCCUUCGUGUGCCAAAAGAAGAAUCACUUCCAGGUCACGGUCUACAUCGGCAUGCUUGGAGACCCCAAGUAUGUGAAGACCCCCGAGGGCCUGAAACCCUUAGAGUGCUUCUACCUGAAGCUGCACGGAGUGAAGCUAGAGGCCUUGAACCAGUCGAUCAAUAUAGAGCAGUCACAGUCUGACCGCAGCAAGCGGCCCUUCAACCCUGUCACGGUCAACCUGCCUCCAGAGCAGGUCACCAAGGUCACCGUGGGGCGGCUGCACUUCAGCGAGACCACAGCCAACAACAUGCGGAAGAAAGGCAAACCCAACCCAGACCAGAGGUAUUUCAUGCUCGUGGUAGCCUUGCAGGCACACGCGCAGAACCAGAACUACACGCUGGCAGCCCACAUCUCUGAGCGCAUCAUCGUCAGAGCCUCUAACCCCGGCCAGUUUGAGAGUGACAGCGAUGUGCUCUGGCAGCGGGCACAGCUCCCUGAUACCGUUUUUCACCACGGCCGGGUUGGCAUCAACACAGACCGCCCCGAUGAAGCCCUCGUGGUCCACGGCAACGUGAAGGUCAUGGGCUCGCUGAUGCACCCUUCAGACGUCCGAGUGAAGGAGGACAUCCAGGAGGUGGACACCACAGAGCAGCUGAAGAGGAUCUCCCGUAUGCGGCUAGUACACUACAACUACAAGCCCGAGUUUGCAGCCACGGUGGGCAUUGACAACACCUCUGAGACGGGCGUCAUUGCUCAGGAGGUAAAGGAGAUCCUCCCUGAAGCUGUGAAGGACACCGGGGACCUGGUCUUUUCCAAUGGGAAGACCCUUGAGAACUUCCUGGUGGUGAACAAGGAGCGCAUCUUCAUGGAGAACGUGGGAGCCGUGAAGGAGCUGUGCAAACUGACAGACAACCUGGAGACCCGCAUCGAUGAGCUGGAGAGGUGGAGUCACAAGCUGGCCAAGCUCAAGCGGCUGGACAGUAUGAAGUCAACCGUGAGCUCUGGGGCGUUCAGCCAAACUGGAAGCCAGUUCAGCCGUGCGGGAAGCGUGCCCCACAAAAAGAGACCCCACAAAGUAGCCAGCAAGUCACCGUCGGUUGUCCCCGAACAGGCCUGCAUCAGCCAGCGCUUCCUGCAGGGCACCAUCAUUGCCCUGGUCAUCAUCAUGGCGUUCAGCGUGGUGUCCAUGUCCACGCUCUACGUGCUGAGCUUGCGCAGUGAAGAGGACCUUGUGGAUAUCGAUGGGUCAAGCCAAAACUUUGAUAAAACACAGAUGGUGCGAUCCACAGCUGCGUCGGACGGAGCCAGUGGCAGGACCCCCACGCACCAUGUCACAGAGGACGCGCGUGACUUAGUCGCCGGCUCACCUGGUCACAGCGUGCUAGCCUGCUUCAGCCCACCGUGUUUCUCCAUGUGCUGCUCUGCUGCUCCCACCAAUGUCUCCUCUGUUGCCCUCUCUGAGACCAGCCCCACUCAUGCCACUAACCGGACAGACCAAAGUCAGACCUCGCUCCUGCCAGUGACAAAUAUCAAAGCCAAAUCCAGGGGCAUCACCGGGAAAGCGACCUCCUACACCAAGUGGCCAAAGACACCUGACAGGUCUCAGAGCUUCGGCAGCCCCAAUGCCAGCCCCUCCUCCCCCUUCACCCACAUCCAGGGCAAAUCCAAGUACAUCUCCAACCUCUCGCUCUCCCGCAGCAACUCCCCGCUGGGGCAGGCCCGGCAGCGGCGCAGCAUCAAGCAGCCGGUGAGCGAGUGGCCCCGCACGGAGGAUCCCGGCACGGAUGGGCCAAGCCCAGUGCUGCACUCUGUCCGGAUCGUGGAGAUCAACAUGGCCAUCCAGUCCCAGUACUGCGCAGCCGCCGACGCGUGCAGGACUGGAAACUUCACCUACCGCAUCCCUGUCAACCAGCUCACAGCAGUGAACACCAACCUCACCCUGGAGAUGAACUCCUCCUCCGCUGUGUCCAUCUCCCUUUGUGGCCUUGUCUCCAGCGACCCCUGCCAGGAUGCUGCGAGCACGAACAGCUCCACCGAUGCCACAGACGCACAGGAAACAACGCACCGUUGGCCUCUCGUGAUGAUGUCUUUCCGGGAGUUUGCCUACCACUUCAGAGUAGCACAGCCUGGCCGAGCCAACUGCAGCACCGCUCCCGAGCAGAUGGGACACCUUUUCACUGACUAUUAUUUUCAGUUUUACUGGCUCUGUGAGUGA